UCCUACUUUCUUAACCGAAUUCUGCCACAAGGCUGCAUAUAUACCGAAGGAUUUGUGGCAGCCGCUUUAUUGCAGAGAAAUCUCACUAUCGUGAUAAAAAAGUGUUUAAGUUGUACUAGAAAAAGGAAUUUAGCUGUGAAACCGGCAUCCAGGAAAAUCGUCAUGAGGCCAACCCUGCUUUACCUGAUAGUGUAUUUGACUGUCAUAAGGCCCAUCCAUGGAUCACGGCUGGACAGACUUGAGGAUGAUGUCAAAAGUCUUAAAAGCUUUAUUUUCAGGGAGUUAUCAUCUAUUCGAGAUGAGGUCAAAGAAAUCUCCAACAGAGUCGACAUUUUAGAAAACACCACGGUUACGCACGACCAGAGCAGUCAAAACCAAGACAUGGACAUUACUUCUAACAACCUUGUUGAUAAAACUGGGGAAAGUGGCAAGAUACUCGAACGUGCUGGGAACAAAGAAGGAAGUCAUGUUGUAAUAGCUGAUGUUCAAAAUAUGCGCAAGGCUUACGCAAACGACAAAAAGGACCUACACCAACUGAAGCAAGAUGUAAAAGGCCACUUGAGAGAGCUUGAACAAAAGAUAACUAGCCAUAUGCAUAACCUGACUGCAGACGUGAAACAUAAUAUCGAAUACAUUCAUGAAAAUAUAUCGCUGGCAAAUGUUACUUUGUCAGAGUUCAUCAAUGAGUCUAUUUCAAACUUUAGCAUGUUUUCGGACACUAUUGAAAAAGAAAUAAAACAGUUAAUUGAAAACACCAGUCAACAGCUUAUUUUACAAUUUAAUGAAACGGAAUCAAAAAUAAAACAAAAUAUUUCUUCCGCAUACCGCCAGAAUGAAGACAACCUUAAACGUUUUUGGACUCUUGCUGAUCGUAAUGUUAGUCAAAUGAGGCUUAAAGUAGAUAACAUUUUUAAUUUAAUACGUUUUAACUUUUCGGAAAUGCCAAUUCAAAUCACUAAUUUAUCUUUAGAACUACAAACAACUAAAAAUGAAAUAAAAGGUGUAGAGGAAAGGUUUGGGGAUAAAUUAAAGUCCACUUCAAGCAAAUUGCAGAAAGAUAUUGAUUUAUUAUUACCAUGUAUACACAAGGAAAUUACACAGCAAGGUUAUUAUUACCCAUGCGCAAAAGAUAUUCGUCUGGCUAAUGCGUCUUCAUAUGGCUCCACCGGUGUCCAGGGGCGGCUAGAGGUACGUCACGAUAAUGCCUGGGGCACGGUUUGCGAUGACAGCUUUCAGGAGUUUUUUGUAGAUGAGUCUUACAUAACAAACAACGUUAACGUAGUGUGUAGGAUGUUCGGGUUCCGAAAAUGUGAGUAUGUGGUAGAGGCGGAUUUGGGUCAGGGCAGUGGGGACAUCUUGAUGGACGGUAUAGUGAAAUGUGGAGGAGCAGAAAGUAGUUUCUUACAUUGCCCUUACCAAAGGUGGAUAAAUACUUCCUGUAAGCAUGGUGAAGACGUAGGGUUUCGUAUGUGGAACUGAUAUAGUGUUUACAAAUAUUACGAUCAAAGUGGUAGGAUGAAUAUGUUGUGUAUGUUUUUCUUGGAAUAUAUUAUGACUUUUCAAUUGUAAUGCUGUUUAAUGUUUGUUUUGUUCAUAAUAUCAGUUGAUUGGUUACGAGUGCAUUUUGAUUAGUGAGUAAAUAAGAAACAGAACAUGGAGUAGUAAUGGUGAAUUGAAAGGUCAUAAAAGAACUUCUGCGGAGCAUGCCAGAAAACGUCUUGGUAUGCACCGCCAUGUUACGCUAGUUGUAAAUUUCGGAUGUUUAUAUUUAAACUGAAAAUUAAGUACCAAAAAACAACAAAAAAACAACAACAAAACAACAACAACAACAAACAACAACUGUGUACAGUACACAACCUCUGUUUAUUGAUCUUAAUCUACUUGCGUUGAUCCAUCUUAUCAGAUCUCCAAUCCUGCUGUGCAGUUUUGGAAGUUUUAUUAUAGAAAUGGACCCUAAAUGGCCCUGAGCCAAUAAACGAAUACACAGAAAAUUGGCCCCUACUGUGACACCAGUGCAAUUAGCAGAUGCACAACAGGGUAUUAUCAUGCCAAACAUUCCUUAAACUAGGCCUUUUAGUGAAUGUCCAAACGCUCGUACAUCAUCAGAGAAAACCAUGUGUAUUUUUGCAGCGAAAGACAGAACAGAUACAAAAGUCAAGGGGCAUUACUUUAUUUGAUGACGGAACGCGAUUGAAAAACUUGAACAACCGUGGUCUAAUUUGGCUGUCAAUAAGUGUAUAUUUAUUUGUAAUUAGCAAUAAAGUGUACUUUGCAUCUUAUAAAUAGCUCUCAUGUUUGUAUAAAGUAUUGUUACACAUAUGUCUUUCCCGUUAUGUUUUGCUUUUUGUAUUUCCAUAUUGCUUGUUCUGUUCUCUAAAAAAGCUUCGUUACUAGUAUGCGUUUCUUAUUUUCUAAUGCUGUCAUGCUAUGCUAAGUUAAUUAUUUUAAUAAGUUGUAACUUGAGAUAAUACACUUGAUAUCUUGAUAUGUUAAUCGUACGAAAAA